UAAGUGUCUUCGUUGGCUGGAGACUUACCAUGAUGCUCCUGCCCCCUGCUGUGAAGAAAAAGAACAAUGAACGUCGACAGUGAGAAGCUUUACAUCUAUUCAGAUGGUCGACACACACACACAAAACUUCGCAGAAAAAAUAGCCCCUUAUCACAUUGUGGGAAACGGCCCCCCAAAAGGUUGGUAAAGCUGCACAGGUGGACGUUUGAGCCGACUUUCCCCCCAUGUCGUGAACCCCCAGGUGUUUGCGCAGGCCUCCUUUAUGUUAUGUAUCUUACCUGCUUGUGAUUCGAUCCGGUUUUGACCCGGAACCGGCCCAGGAUGCAACUGAACGGCGUGCAACCGAAUGUCAUCACUCUCAACUCAAUGCUUGACGCUUGCGCCAAGCGCGGAAGGUUGGGGCCAGCAGAAUGGUGGUUCCACUUCAUGGAGGACUCAAACUUGGAACCCAACCAAGUGAGCUUUUGCGCCUUGCUCAACGCGUGCGCAAAAGCGCAAAACCCAAAGAGGGCGCAGGUUUGGUUCGACAAGAUGUUGGGCUACAGGAUAGCUGCUGAUAUUGUUGCCUACAACGCCUUCAUUGCUGCUUGUGCCGGACAAGCCAAUGUGGCCAAGGCGGAAGAAUUGCUCACAGAGGCAAGGGCAACUUGCCUUUCUCCUGACUUGGUGACCUAUAACACUUUGCUUCAUGCCUGGGCCCGCUCUGCUACACAGCAGGAGGGACAGUCAAUGUUUCCAGGCAAAAUGCAUAUCUUCGCAUUGCAUGUUUGUUUCUGUAUCUUACUGAUUCUUACUGUAUGUUCACAACGGCCUGCACCAUGUUGAUGUGGCAUGCUUGUAAUCAAUAUUAACGAAUAGAAGCCCCUGUUCUUCCUUUUGCUGUAUCUCGCUCGUCCUUCCUGGCACUGUUCUUCCUGCUUCUUGGUCAAUGGAUGCCGCCGCUGGUUGGAGACAGUGCUUCAUAAUAGAUUUCCCGCUUGGAAGGACCUUGCAAAAGGAAUCCAGUACUUGGCCAAGUCCAAAGAGCUGGGUCUGGAUGUGAUCAGCUUUAACUGCAUGUUGCAUGCGUGCGCAAGAUUAAGCCAAGCAACCCAGGCAGAGGGCAUCUUUAAAAGCAUUGAGGGGUGUCAGCUGGAGCCGACUCAAGUGACUUACAAUGCGGUGAUCAGCUCAAAGAGCCAGGCAAGCGUGCCAAAAACACAGAUCCCGGGACGAAAAACCCAUUUCUACAGCAGCUGCUAGACAUUGGUAGACAUAUGUUUUCAGCUCCCAGAAAAGAAGCUUUCUCGCAUCUAUGCAAUAUUGACGGUCUUCAAUUUGAGAAUGCUGCAUUACCCCACAGGCAGGUGAUGUUGCAGCGGCAGUGUCCUGGCUUGAUCGGAUGGCAACUUGGCUGGAGGCUUGGGAAAUACGUUUGAAACCGAUCAACACCAGGCGAUAUUUUUCCACCUUGAUGCGAAUGCUAUGGAUUGUGGCAUACUUUGAUUGAUCGGGAAUAGCUCAGGUUCAGAAGACAUUUGUUCCAGACGUUGUCACUUUCACACCACUGCUGACGGAGCUUACACGCAUCAGAGAUUUGCAGCGCCUGCAGUCCGUAUUCAGACGAAUGCGCAAUGCAGGGGUGGCCCUGGAUACUAUUGGCAUCGAUUUGCAUUUGAGCCCCAGCAUCACCAAAAAAAAACGAGACCAACUGACGCUGCCACCA